GCUCCAUCCCUCACUUCCCGUUCUCUAUGACCCCAAAAAUGACGGCGCCCGCUGCCGGAGCUCCAGAAGUGCCAAAAAAAUGCCCCAAAUCUGCCCGAAAUGUCCCCAAAAUGUCCCCAGAUGUGCUCCAGGUGUGCCCCAGGUGUGCCCAGGUGUGUUUUUUGCGACGCAGGUGGAGCGGAUCAAGGAGCGCGUGGAGGAGAAGGAAGGGAUCCCCCCCCAGCAGCAGCGGCUGAUCUACAGCGGGAAGCAAAUGAACGAUGAGAAGACAGCGGCCGACUACAAAAUCCAGGGGGGCUCCGUCCUCCAUCUUGUCCUGGCCCUGCGGGGGGGCGUGGCCAGGCCCUGAUGGGGGGAAAAAGGGGGCGUGGCCACUCCCAGACCACGCCCACUCCCUUUUAAACCACGCCCACCCUUCAUUUCCUUCUCCCCCUGAGCUCCUUUCCCGCCGGUGACUCCGUUAUUAUUUAAUAAAGGUUCGCUGAUGACGUCAGCAGCGCGUCGA